GCAUAUGAAAACAACUCAUUUUAAUUCAGUUGUAUAUUUGGUGAUAAAGGAAACAGAGAGAGAACACCAGAGACCUAAUUGUGUGACCACCCCCAUAUGGAUCAAAUGAAGCAUUUUGUUCUGGUUCAUGGAGCUUGUCAUGGAGCAUGGUGUUGGUACAAGAUCAAGCCGUUGCUCGAGGCGGCCGGCCACCGUGUAACAAUGUUAGACAUGGGGGGGGCCGGGGUAAACAGGAAGGCAAUCCAGGAGGUUGAGUCAUUUGAAGAGUAUUCAGAACCAUUGUUGAAGACCAUGGCUUGUUUGGGUCCAAACGAAAAGGUUAUAUUGGUUGGCCAUAGCUUUGGUGGCAUGAGUUUGGCUUUGGCCAUGGAGAAUUUCCCUCACAAAAUAUCAGCUUCUGUUUUCAUAACUGCCUUUGUUCCUGAUACUCAUCACCCACCUUCCUAUGUCCUAGAACAGUUUCUUGAGAGCCUUCCCAGAGAAUUUUGGAUGGACACAGAGUUUGGUGAAAACAGAGAGGAUGGAGGUUCUUCAAGUUGGUUUUUAUUUGGGCCCAAAUGUAUGGCCAAUAAAAUCUAUCAAUUCUCCCCUACUGAGGAUCAAGCUUUGGGGAGUAGUCUGGUGAGACCAGCCAAACUAUUCAUAGAAAACUUGGGAAAAGCAGAGAAAUUUACAGAGGAAAAUUAUGGGUCAGUGAAGAAAGUGUAUGUGAUUUGUGGUGAAGACAGAACAAUCUCAAAGCAGUUACAAAAAUGGAUGAUUCAGAAUAGUGGUAAGGGGAUUCAAAAUGUAAUGGAAAUUGAUGAAGCUGAUCACAUGGCCAUGUUUUCAAAGCCACUCCAAGUUCUCCAAUGCCUUCUUCAGGUAGCUCAAAGCUACACUUAAAUCUGAGCUUCCAUUGUAAUAAUAAUAAAAUAAAAAAGCAAUGUGGCUGAGUCAUUGUUAGAUUUAGCCACGCGUAGCUCCAUGGAUAAGAUAUUUUUCUUGGUUAAAUGUUUUUAUUUCAUCAUUUUCUUUAAUUCGACAUGUGGAUUUGGAAGAAAUGAUUGUGGUGAAACAGAUGAAAUUUCCACCAAAAAUGUGUUGUGGACAGAUUGAAAAGAUGAAUGCAUUGUAUUUAUUCUAAAUGAUCAAUUUAAUGUGACAAAUCCAACUUUGCUAAUUUA